AUGAAAUCAUCAACGUCUGAGAAUCUCUGCCGUCGAUUUUCACUUGCUGAACUUAACUUAGUCACUGGGGAUUUCAGCGACGAGAAUGUGAUUGGGAAGGGUGGCUUUGGUAAAGUCUACAAAGGCUUCAUUGAUAAUAAAAGGACAACUGCUGUGGCCAUAAAGCGACGGCUAGCAUCAAAUCCGAGUCUAGGCCAGGCAGAGUUUGCGGCGGAGAUUGAAACACUAAGUAAGUUCCGACAUGACAAUCUAGUCUCUCUUAUUGGGUACUGUAAUGAUCAGGGAGAGAGGAUUCUUAUAUGUACUGGAGCAGGGCGAGGUUUGGACUAUCUCCACUCUGAUUGCUCCAUCAUACACGGUGCUGUCAAGCCUACUAACAUCCUUUUAGAUGAAGAUUUCACAGUUAAGGUUUCGGAUUUUGGGUUGACAAGUGUUAAGGGCUCGUUUGGGUAUUUUGAUCAAAGUGAUUUUACCACGGGUUUCCUUACAAAGGGAAGUGACACUUACGCGUUUGGUAUAAUAUUGUUGGAGGUAUUGAGUGGGAGACCCGCGGUUGAGGAAAAGCUUGCAGAGGAUGAGGUGUGUAUGAGCAUAUGGGCUCAAGAAAAUAUCCGAAAUGGAAAAGCUGACGAGAUUGUAGCUUCAAAUUUGAAGGGACAUAUCUCCGAAGAUUGCCUCAAUACAUAUGUUGGGGUUGCUGAAAGUUGUUUGCAUCCUGAUCCGAUGAAACGACUCACAAUGAGCCGUGUUGUGGAGCAGCUUGAGUCAGCCCUUGAACAGCAGGGGAGGAACGGGUCAGCAUCACAAAUGUCACAAUAUUGCCCAUCUGGAUUAACACCAAAGGAUGAAAACGAGGUCGAAGUUGAUCAGCUGUCAAAGGCCUUUUCUGCCACUGCCAUGAAAGAAGACUAUGUCCCUUUCAUUCUAUUCGGUGUAACAAGGGACAUUGAUGAUGAUUGUUUUAGUCUCUCGUAUAAUGUAUAUGCAGGAAUCCUGAAAAAUGGAGAGGAUGCAACUAUUGAAAGGCUCCACUACAUAUCUAAUCGUGAAUUUGAACGUAGAGCAAUGGAUUCAAAAUCAUUAUCUUCGCUGGAGCAUGAGAACAUUGUCGAACUUGUUGUUUACAAUUUGGGUGGGCGUCAGCAGGUCUUGACAUAUGAUUUUGCUCCACGAGGGUCCCUGCACGACAUCCUUCAUUUACAGCAAGGCACAGGCUCAAGCACAAACCUAUAUCCGGCUUUGACAUGGUCCCAAUGAAUCGAUAUUGCUCUUGGGGUCGCCAGAGGAUUAUGCUACAUUCAUAGCUACGGAUCGGUCCAUCAUAACAUCAAUUCCAGGAAUAUUUUAGUUUGUGAUGAUGAAACUGCUAAGAUAAUUCAUCCUAACCUUUGGGCUCAGUGCUACUGUCUGGAUUAUUUUUCUGAUGAUAUAAGCCAUCCUAAACUAAAGAUUGAUCACGGGCGAGGCGUUGUUUACAACUUUGGUGUGAUUCUCCUUGAGCUUUUGACAGGUAGUGAAAUACUAGGAGAAGGAGACCUUGUCACAUGGCUGGAUUCGAACAAGGUACACGAGGUUUUGGAUGCUCGAUUAAACGGAGAGUACCCACUCGAGGCUGUUAAGAAGAUGGCUAAAGUUGCUCAAUCGUGCCUUGGAGAUGAAGGAUAUUAUCGUCGAAAGAUGGAUAAAGUUGUACAAGAUCUUGAGCUGUGCCUUGGCGAAACCAAAUCAACUGAGACUCAGAUUGCAUCUAAUUUUGCAUGAAAGCAGGGGAGCUGAAGAUAGACGCCAUCCGAAAUGAGAGAAAUAACUUUAUGAUUAUUUCAUUUCAUUAGAUUACAGUAUUUCCUUUCUUC